AUGGACGCCGACCUCGAGAGUACGUACUUGAAGUACGUCAGCUUCCUUCCAGCAGCCCUGAGUGAGAGCGAUGGGUCGGAGCGCGAGGCUCUCACAGCUAUCGACCCGGCCGGGUUUCUUAUACGACACCCUCCUAAGCCACACGAACUGGAUGCCGAGCUCACAGAUGAAUCCCAACUGUUUCAAACCAUCCACAUGGGUGCUGCGGUUGUAGAUGAGAGUAAAUGGAAGCUAGUGGUGGACGGACUGGUGGAGCGACCAUUCUGCGUAUCCUUCGCGCAGCUGAAAAGCAUGCCCGCGUCCACCGUCACCGCUUUCCAUGAAUGCUACGGAAGUCCCAUCGCCCCUCCAAUCCACGCGUUGUGGAGGAUUGGGAACAUCAGAUGGACUGGCGUCAAGCUCGCAGACAUGCUCAGGCUCGCCAGGCCCAAGCCCGAAGCAAGAUAUGUGUGGUCGCAAGGACUGGAGUCGGGUUCAUUUGCCGGGGUUUCCGCGGACCGAUAUGAAAAGGACCUUCCUCUGGAGAAGGCGCUGGGCUCCGAGGUUUUGAUUGCCUACGAAAUGAACAACGAGCCACUGGGCAAGAAUCGAGGCGGACCGGUAAGGAUGGUUGUACCUGGAUACUUUGGCACGAAUAGCACAAAGUGGCUGUGUCGGCUCUCGCUACAGGAUCAUCGCGCGGUCGGGCCGUUCACCACGACAUUUUACAAUGAGAUCGAUCCGACCGACCCGAACGGACAGAGAACGCGGCCGGUGUGGCUGGUUGAGCCCAAUUCCAUGAUCGUCAGGCCGGAGCCCGGAGCAGUAUUGCAAGGACCAGAUAUUGAAAUCCGAGGUCGCGCUUGGGGCUGCGAGGAAAUCAGCCAGGUCGAUGUCAGCACCGAUGGCGGUGAGUGUUGGCUACCUGGAACCGAUGUCGCAUUGACAGCGCGGAGUGAAUUUGAAUGGCAGUUAUUCCAUGCGAAGGUCUCGAUAUCCACACCUGGGAAAUACAAAUUGAUUGCGAGGGCGACAGACAAGGCUGGCGUCUCCCAGCCCAUGAUCGGGCGAAGGAAUCAUGUACAUACAGUCGAGAUUGAAGUCACUUGA